UUAAAUUUAUUAUUUUCGUGCAAGAGGGAGGGGUACAAAUAUAAACUAUAAGGAUUUAUAAGAUUUAAUAUCUCUGAAAAGAAAUAUAUCUUUUUCUUUGACGAAUUUGAAUUCUCAUUGUAUUUGUUAUUUUUUAUACAAAUGUCAAGCAGUUAAAUGCGCUGCGUCAUGCUCCGGAGCACUCGAUUGUUUUCGACGCAACUGUCAAACGAUUGAUGCCUACGACGUACGAAUACGAAGACGUCCGACUCUGUGCUCGACCAACUUCGCGUCGGCGUUGAACGGGCUCUGUACUCGGUGUAGGUGAAACGAAAACGAGUGUAGUAUGUAUAUACAUUCGAGAGAAGGAACGGACGCGGCAGAGUGUAGAAGGUGCAGUUGCGCGAAACGAUGCGAGGACGGACGUAUCACUCGAGCCUGCUGGCGCGUUGCUGACGAGAAUAUCCGUUCCACGCCACGUUCCACUGCCGGUCGUCGUUGCGUCCGGUUCCGUCGUCGGGUGUGCGCGAGGGUCGGUCGAACGGUGCGAGAAUCCCUCGAUUAGGGCCACUGCCCCAAUUAACGCGAUUCCGCCGGCAACUUCCGGAAGCGCCGCUCCUUGGAAUUGGAAGUCUCGGAACCGAGUCUCGCAGGGCUGCCCUACGUGGCCAGAUUAAAUUAUCGUUAUUAAAUAAUUGAAUAACACGGAUCCCCGGCCUCGCCGUUGACGCUGUGAUCGUCCGAGGAUUCGGUGAAUUGACUUCCUCUCGUACCACCGGAAUAUGAAAUGGCAAGAAUCGUAGCGUGUGUUGUGCUUGUUUGCCUGAGUGCGUGUUGUAGUAUAUUAAGUGCGGAUGAGAACAGCGACAGCAGUGUCAGUGAUGCAAUACCGAAGCCGAUUUACAAAAGUCCAGAACUAUCCGGCUUCGCUCACCUAGCGGAGCACUUUGACAGCGAAGAGAGAUUUAGGAAUUCGUGGGUGUUGUCGGAAGCAAAGAAGGACGAUAUCGACGAAGAUAUCGCUAAAUAUGACGGAAUUUGGUCCAUUGAGGAACCUAAGAGACAUGGCGAGGACGGAGAUCUAGGAUUAGUGCUUAAGAGCAAAGCUAGACAUGCUGCCGUUUCUACUUUAUUAACUAAGCCAUUUUACUUCGAAGACAAGCCCUUGAUUGUACAGUAUGAGGUUAAUUUCCAAGAGGGACAGGAAUGUGGCGGUGCCUAUCUUAAGCUGCUCACGUUAGAUGAUAAAUAUGGGGACUUGAAACAGUUCCAAGACAAAACACCAUAUACCAUAAUGUUUGGGCCUGAUAAGUGUGGCAACGAUCACAAGCUCCAUUUUAUAUUUCGACAUAAAAAUCCAUUAAACGGUACAAUCACAGAGAAACACUGUAAGAAAGGGAAGGACCGUCUGGAAGAUUAUUUCAAAGAUAAGAACCCGCAUUUGUAUACUCUGAUCGUACGGCCUGAUAACAUUUACGAAAUCAAAGUAGAUAAUAAACUUCAAAGCUCGGGCUCGUUGCUAGACGAUUUCGCUCCUCCUGUGAAUCCACCUCUGGAGAUAGAAGAUCCCGACGAUAAGCAGCCUGAAGAUUGGGACGACCGAGAAAAGAUUCCCGAUCCAUUAGCGGAGAAGCCCGAUGACUGGGACGAAGAUGCUCCGGCACAGAUAGUCGACGAGGAAGACGUCAUGCCGGUGGGAUGGCUCGAGGACGAGCCGCCCAUGAUUCCGAAUCCGGAUUCGGUUAAGCCUGAUGAUUGGGACGUCGAGAUGGACGGUGAAUGGGAGGCUCCAGAAGUACCAAAUCCAAAAUGCGCGGACGUUCCUGGUUGCGGACCGUAUAAGCAGAAAAUGAAGAAGAAUCCACGAUACAAAGGAAAAUGGCUGGCGCCGCUCGUUAACAAUCCUAAUUACAAGGGGAAAUGGAAGCCUAAACUUAUACACAAUCCUGAUUACUUUAAUGAUGAACAUCCGUUCAAGAUGUUGCCAAUUAGCGCCGUUGGUUUUGAACUGUGGUCGAUGUCUCCCGACAUAUAUUUCGACAAUAUAAUUGUAACGGAUGAUGAGAAAGUUGCGAAGAAAUGGGCGGAUGAUACUUUUGAGAUUCGACGUGUUAAAAUUGCUGAGGAAAACCUGAGUGUAUGGACUCGGAUCGUUAAAUUUACUGCAGACCAUCCAUGGAUAUGGGCAGUAUAUCUAUUGCUAACUGCGAUACCAGUAGUACUGUUAAUGUAUUAUUGCUGCUUUUCCGAGGACAAAACAGACUUUAAAGAAGAAGAUGAUGAAAAGCCGUUUUUGGGGAUGAACGAUGAUCUCGACGAGGCUGUGGAAAAUGAAAAUCAGCAAAAUUCUGAACAAAAACCUAUUAUAGAAGAAAUAGAAGAUACAGAGAAAGAGACUGGAACGGAGGAAGUAAUAGAUAUUGAUAAGGAUACAUCACUGAUCAGUGGCGAUGGACCACGACGAAGAAAACCAAAUAAAGAAUAGGAAGAAUAAUUAUAAAAAAUUUAAUAAGAAUAUUAUCGCGUUAAGAUAUUUAUGUAAUACUGUCACAUUCCACAUUACACUUGCCAUUGUGGAUAGUAGGGUUACCAGUCACUAGCAAAUUCAGUCACUGCAAUGUGAUCGAUAUUUAAUUACUCGUCUAAGAAUAUUGACAUUUGAUAUCGUAUAUGAAGUCGUAUUAGUAUAUUUGAGGAAACUGUUUUCGCGGAUUAUGCAUAUGCUUUUGUGUAAUGAGUGAUAUAUGGUGUAUCUGUACUCAGAAAUUUACAAUGGAGUGUUUUCUUUAAAAUGAACAAUGCCUUAAUAAUAUAGUAUUUAUGUGUUUUUUAAUUACAAUAUCGUGAAUAUUGUAGCAUUAAAGAAUAGCAUUUUACUCAGUUUGUAUAUUUAAUAUUACAACGGGGCACAUUAGUAAGAGAUUAAAAAAGUAAAAGAACUGUGAAUGUAACAUACGUGAAUGCAAGGUAUGUAAAAUUAACGUCCUGAUGUAACUAAAAACGGAUUUAAUACAAUUUAAUGGUUGCUGUAUUCUUCAACUACUAUGGCAGAGUCCAAUUUGAUUGCAAUGCGAAUAGUAUUUAUCCACAGAAUAUGCAAAGUAAUCUUUUAAUCUAUGCAUGUGUAUGUAUAAUUUUUUUCUGAUAUAAAGAUACCGAAGAAUACAAUUGAUGAACAGCUUUUAAAGUCAUUGACGUAAAACGUAAACAGCAUUUAUAGACUGUACCAUAGUAGUUGAUGGUCAGUGAUUUGUUAUUAUUAAUUGUUUGUAACACCAUUAUUGGGUGUAAUAUUCACGAAUUUUAAUGUGUUAAUGAGUUAUUUAAGUUAGAAUUCUAAGUCCGUAUCCGUACAUACUGUAAUCAGGUACUACGUUGUUUGUAUUUGAUUGUUUAUGCGAAUGAAAUAAAAUUCAAAGAAAUAUAGAAAAAC